AUGUCCCAGCAAGUCGCAGUCCGUAGCCCUCUCUCCGCUGUAUUCCUGUUGCACAUUGCGCUGGAAAUCCCGGUUGCGAUACAAGGAGUGUACUCGCCCGAAUCGCUGCCGUUCCUCCAGCUGAACAACACCUCCAUCGUGUUCUUGAAGCUUUACGCCUCGCUUAUCCUGGGCUCAUGCAUCGCUGCGUUCCUCUGCUUCUCACUGCCUGAGUUUUUGCCGGGCAAACGCGCGCUGGCGAUUGGCCUCUGCGUCUACCAUAGUAUCUGCUCGACGGUUCUCUAUCAAAGCCCGCGGUUCAUACCCCACACUUUCGGCGCUAUCUUCGAACAAUACAAAGUCACGCCGGAGAUCGUCUGGGGCACACUCCACGGAAUCGUGGGCUUGCUAAUGGUCGUCUGGUGGCAAGGAACCGUCCAUUUGGCCGCUAUGGCCAGGAAAAUGCAGUAG